CAGAGUUGUACCAGCCGAAUCCUCGCCCCGCCCCACCGCUUGCACCAACACCCUGCACUGCCGCUGCUGCCGCCUCGAUUUCUGAUCGCAUUUUUUCAGUUUCAGUUUCAGAUUGCAGCGAUCCUCUCUCUGAGUGAAGGAACCCCCGACUCCAUGGCUAACCCUACGCCUCCGAGCAAUGGUGAGUUGACGAAGGCGGAGUCGAGGAAGUCUCAUUCAUGGUGGUGGGAAGGUCACAUCAGCCCCAAAAAUUCUAGAUGGCUCCGGGAGAAUCUCGAGGACAUGGACCGCAGCAUCAAACAUAUGUUGAGGCUAAUAGAAGAGGAUGCAGAUUCAUUUGCCAAGAAGGCUGAGAUGUAUUAUCAGAAGAGGCCAAUGAUGAUCUCUUACAUUUGGGAGUUCUACAGCACAUACCGUUCCCUUGUUGAGCGUUAUGAUCAUGUCACAGGAGAGCUCCGAAGAAAUCUCCCUUCAGAUCUACAAUCCCACGGCUCUGAUAUCUGUGAUCUUAUCUCUGAGCCACGAGCUGCUGGCUUUGAUGUCUUCCUUGGAUCUGGUGGCAGCAACUCUGAUACUUGCCAAAAGGAAGGAUAUGAUUCAUCUUUUUUCACAGAUUCUGAACCUGGAUCUGAUGAUUCCUCUGUGUACAAUUAUUCAGAUGGUGAUCAAGAACUGAACAGGAAGAUGAUGGAAUUGGAGAAUGAGCUGAGAGAGGCUAAAGAACAGCUCCACAUGAAGGAGGAUAAUGCAGAAGAAUGUUCAUUUCCAUUCAAAGCGGCAACAGAUGAAAAUUCAGACAUUCAAAUUAUGAGGUUGAAAAGUGAGCACCAGAAGAAUGUGCUAUCAGAAUUGACCAAGGAUUUGCAGGCUGAGUCAGUGUCCGCUACAAUGGCAGAUACUCAGAAGCAUGAGGAUGGGAUUCUAGUGAAAGAGCUAAGAAUUACAAAGCAAAAACUUGAGAACUCGCAUAAAGAACAUUCUAAAUUAAAAUUUGAACUUGAGAACAAUAAAGAACCAGAGAAAAUUUGCCAUUUGCCGGAUGAGCUUGAAGCUGCUCGAAAAGAUACUGAAACAUGGAAGGACAAGGUGAGUGCAGAUAGAAGAGCGGUCGCCGAGCUCCAAGAAAGAAUUUCAAGGUUGAAAGCUAGAGAUCUUAAACUUGCAGUAUCUAAUGCUGAGCAUAAUAUUUUUCCUGAGAAUGUACCGAUUAAGGCUGAAAUAUCUCAGCCACUUAAGGAACAAGCUCUGUUGGAGGAUGAGAUCAGAAAAGUCCAGACAGAAAAGGAGGAUUUGGAGGAGAGACUUAACCGCGAGAUUGAGAAUCUUCAAAGUGGCCUUAACGGCUUCCAAUCUGAAAGAGAUCAGCUCCACGCAGAAGUUAUUACUUUAAAAGAGAAUUUGAGCUCUAAAGGCAAGCUUGUGCAAAAAUUGGAAAGGGAACGUGUGGAACUAGAAGGGAAGGUGGAGAGGCAAAGAGUAGUGAUAAUGGAAGGAGCAGAGGAAAAAAGAGAGGCUAUAAGGCAGCUAUGUUUUUCAAUUGAGCAUUACAGGAGUGGAUAUCAUAUGCUUAGAGAAGUUGUUAUCAGUCGAAAGCGGGAUCUCAAGUUCGCAUCUCAAGGAUGCAUCGGCAGCCAGACCAUGUAAUGGCUUUCUUAUUGGCCGAACUGGGAACCAGUGGAUCUCUUGAUGGACAGCAGAGAUUAGUUGUCAAAGGAAGGGUUGCACCAAAGAAC